AUGUGGGGAGGAAGAGAAGAAGGAGGAAGGACGGGGGGGAUGAAGGCUGCAAUGCUCACCAUGGGGCCGACGGGUUUCGGGGUGCUGGGGGCGAUGGGGCUGGUGCUGAGCUGCGGGGCAGCAGGCGCCUUCGUGGUGCACGUGGCCAGCUCCUGCCUGCUGACAGCCAACGGCUCCCUGGGGGGCUUCGACCUCACCGUGGCCUUCAACAAGAACCCCCUGGUGUGCUACAACCCCGACAACCACACCUUCUACCCCUGUGACUGGGGGCUGCUACAUGACGACGUUGCCGUUUUGGUCGCCACCGCCCUAAAUGAUAGUGCCACGUGGGUGCAGCGUGCAGAGGCGCGCAGACAGGCAUGCACUGAGCUGUCUGCACAGUUCUGGGCACAGACAGCACUGCGGAGGACACCACCCCAAGUCCGCAUCGUCCCCAUCCGCAUUGCCAACGACCCCGACACUGUCCGCCUCAUCUGCCACGUCUGGGGCUUCUUCCCAUCCGCAGUGACCAUCCAGUGGCUGCAAAACGGCCUCGUGUUGGCCUCGGAUGACACCGAACUGCUGCCCAAUGGCAACUGGACCUACAGGACACAGACAACACUGAGGGCCAGCACUGCGGCGGGGAGCACCUACACGUGCUCAGUGUGGCACUCCAGCCUGGAGCAGCCGCUGCAGGUGGACUGGAGUCCCAAUUUGUCUCUGGGAAUGAUGGCGCAGGUGGCAGUGGCGGCCAUGGCGCUGACCUUGGGGUUGGUGGCAUUCAGCGCUGGGGUUUUCAGCUUCUGUCAGCGGCCACGGGGUGAGGGAUGGGGACACGGUGCUGGGGAUGUGUGUGACACCAAGGAUCUGUUGUGCAGUGUGGGGUGUCCCUCCUCAUUCAUCAUCUUCUGUGCGGCAGGUCCUGGUGCUGGUUCCAGUCCCCAUCCUGAUGCGGGUUCUGAUUCCAGUCCUGGUCCUCAAAAUGAUCCCCGCCCAAGUUCUGGUCCCCAUCCCGGUCCUGGUCCUCAUUCUGGUUCUGGUCCCCAUCCUGGUCCUGGUCCUCAUUCUGGUUCUGGUCCCCAUCCUGGUCCUGGUCCUCAUUCUGGUUCUGGUCCCCAUCCUGGUCCUGGUCCUCAUUCUGGUUCUGGUCCCAGUCUUGGUCCUGGUCCUCAUUCUGCUUCUGACCCCCACCCCGGUCCUGGUCCCCAGUCCUGGUCCUCAUUCUGCUUCUGACCCCCACCCCGGUCCUGGUCCCCAUCCCAGUCCUGGUCCUCAUUCUGCUUCUGACCCCCACCCCGGUCCUGGUCCCCAUCCCAGUCCGGGUCCUCAUUCUGCUUCUGACCCCCACCCCGGUCCUGGUCCCCAUCCCAGUCCUGGUCCUCAUUCUGCUUCUGAUCCUCACCCCGGUCCUGGUCCCCAUCCCAGUGCUGGUCCCGGUCCUGGCUCUACUCCUGGUCCCUAUCCCUGACCCUGGUCCCGGUUCCCAUCCCGAUGCCAGUCCCAGUCGUGGUCCCCAUCCUGGUCCUGUUCCCCAGUUUGGGACCUCAAUGACCGGAACUCCCAUGUCCCAGCAUGGGGACCCCCAAUUUGGGGUGAGGGGUUCUCACCCCCCAAUAAAACCAUCUGCAACCCCAGCCUCAGUCUAAUUCUCGUUCCCACGUUGUGUGGGUGGGGAUCCCAGUGCUCCCAGUGCUCCCAGUGCUCCCAGCCGUCUAUGUCCCCUAAGCGUCGGCUCCGCUUC